AUGGCUCUCAACUACCAGUCGUCGACUCUUUCGCUCACUUUGCCGAUUUCAUGCCAGAUAUGUCUCGGAAAGGUCAGGCAGCCGGUCAUUUGUGCUAACCACCACGUGUUCUGCUCGUCCUGCAUGGAAAUGUGGUUAAAGAAAGCUAGCCAAUGUCCCUCCUGCAGAGUCCCCAUCACAGCAGAGAACCCCUGCAGGGAAAUCAUCGGAGGAACAAAUGAGGGCGAUCACAGUGAUAGUCCUUCGAUGAGGAAAUGUCUCAGAAAAACCAGAGGAGAGCUGCUUUUACGGGAAUAUGAGGAAGAAAUAGAUGGACUAAUGAGAGAAAAUGAGGAGCUGAAAACAAAAAAUCAAAGUAUUGAGGCCCAACUGAGGACUGCUUUGGAUCCCUGCAGCAUUAAUACAGUGCAAUCAGAUGACAAAAGGGUGGCCCCCUUUGUCUUGGAAGAAUGGACAAACAAGCUUCGAGCUGCCACUGAUGUUUGCGAUAAAGUAAAGCAGGACAUGGAUAAACUGAAAGAGGCAAAUAAGGCGCUGCGAUCUCAAAAUGUCGACCUUGUACAAGAGAAUAUGAGAUUGAAAGCAGAGGUGGCGAGCAGAUCUCCUCAAAAGUUUGGUCGGUAUACAGUGGCUGCACUGGAGGCUAAAAUUCAGCAGUAUGAACGGGAUGUAGACCACUUGAAAAGAGCUCUGGAGCGCAGUGACCAGUACAUUGAUGACCUGGAGUCUCGGGUCAGAAAGUCAGAGAAGAAAGGUCUUGACGUGCAGGAAGUGUGUGGGAAGAGCAUAGCUGCGACAGAAACUCUCACACAGCAACAGAAAAUUAGCAUGAUGAUGAGAAGCCUGAGUGAUAAUGAGAGGGAGUCAAUCUGCAGCAAUCCAGAGGCAGAAUGCAGAACAUUUUCUAGAAAUCACUGUUUGAUGUUUAUGCCAUCUGCAGAUCAUGAAGACUUUAAUAAGAAUCUGAUUGGAAACUGCAAAAAUGAGGGCUCAGACACCUCUUCUGACUUUUUACCCACAACUCCGUCCUCUGCUUUCCGGUCCCUGACUCUGAGGAGCCCUGGCAUCCGUGAAAAGAAAGUCGCUUUUAAACCUGCAUCUCAUUUGAGGAGGCUCAAUUUUGAAGAACUUCCUAGUCCUAGUAAAAGUAGCAUGACUCUGGAGAACCAAUUCAGGAGUCUCGAAAAACUUCCAAAAAGCCUGCCUCCAAAUGGUGUGGAACCCUCAAAGUCUGUGUUCUGGGAUGGUUGGCAGAGAUCUAAUUCUAAUGAGCAGUCAUAUCCAGGUUCAAGUAAAGAAAGCUCAGCUAAGGGGUCCACGUCCACUAAUCUUGUAGGUGAUGAGCCUGAUAGCUUUCAGAUGUCCAGUGAGGCCUCCAUGGAUGCAGCUUAUCUGGACAAAAUCUCCGAGCUGGACUCCAUGAUGCUGGACGGAGAGAGCUCCAGCAGCCGGGGAUCACAGCUCUCCUUGGCCUCCUCCCCUCCCACAGACUUGGACAACACUCUUGUGCCAGAGCCGCAAACUUUCCCUGAUGUCAUGUCAAACAGUAGUAACAAACCUGUGGGACAAAGUCAACAUAAGAACCACCAACCAUGUGACAGAACAGAUGACACCUUGAAAGACAAAGAUGCCAAAAAAGGCUCUGCAGAGGAAGGUUUUGCUGCAUUGGUGUCAGGUAGGAAGAGCGACGCCCAUGUCCCUGCCUCUGCAGGCCAAGAGGGGCCCUCUCAGACCGAAGAACUGUCUUUUGAUUUGCUGUUUGAUCCUCUGGAUGAGGUUAAGGCUGGUCCCUCUGGCUCUCUCAGUCCAGCAAGCCAAGACCAAGACCAUGAUCAUGUAAACAUCUCCUCUUCUUCCUCCAGCUGCACUGGUGGCAAGUCUGUGAACACAACAAGAGACAGACACACACUGAACAGCAGUCAGCCAGUAAAGAGAAAAUCUCACAGUCCCUUCAACACAAGCAGUCCCACAAAACUUUCAAAGCUCAUGUGAAGGUUUUGAAACACCCCAACCUCUGUGUGUUUUCAUCAGCUCCAUCUGGCUGGAAACAAGUAUUUCAUUAAUUAUGUUACUUCACAAUACAUUUGUGAAUGUGAUGCUAGGGUCUAACUUAUUGUCUCUAAUUCUAAUUUGUCUGUUGUGAUAUACGGAUCAGGUCAAAAGAGGGCAGGAUUGUUGGAAUAGUUUUUGUGCUGUAGGUCUCAGUGGCAGAUAAAUAACUUUUAAGACCUGUUUUUACAGCCCGAAAGUCUGUGCAGUUUGUCGCUAGAACAUCACAUUUGGCGAUGAGACAAAUAUAGCUUCUGCCUACAUGUCUGAGUUUGUCAUUUCAAGCUAUUGAGCAGACGUCAUGGGUUCAUGGUAAACUUGUGCAGUUCUGAAGACAGGUCAAUAAGACUACCAUGAAAAACAGUAAUGUUCUGACUGAAAUUGCAGUGUGUCUUAGCAAAUAAAAUAGUAACGCAAAGAGAAA